UUGUGAUAUUGAUAGUACUGUGAUUAUUUUAUUAAAAAUUGUACUUUAUAUAUUUAUUGUUUACAAAUUUGGACUUUGCAAUGUAUUCUCAAGGAACCAGUGUUGAAAAGAUUGUAAAUAAUACAAAAACAUCACCAAAAAGUGAACCGUCUCCUGAAAAUGAUAGAGAACAAAUAGCGGAUUUCUCUCAACCAUCUCAACAUCAGAUGCCGUUAUUUUAUAAUAGUUCUCAACAGAAUCAACAGCAAAAUAUUAACGCAUACAUUGAGAAUUAUGCUUACAUUCAACACUCCUGGAAUUAUUUGAACUAUUAUGGCCAUAAUUAUUAUCCUUCCAUCCAUGGACAUUCAUCAGGAAUGAUGCAAUCAGCAGCUCAAUACUCUCAGCAACCACAACAUUCACAAAUGUAUAAGGACUAUAAGAGAAGUGUCAAUAAUGAAAAUAAGGCCGUCAAUGCACACGAAUCAUUGUUGAAAAAGCCAAGGCGCACGCGUUCAUUCUAUUCCAAUGAACAGAUUUUUGAGUUGGAAACCUACUUCAACAAAACUAACAUGUAUCUCCCAGGAAUGGAUCGAGCAAAAUUAUCCAAGAAAAUUAGGCUAUCUGAAAAACAGAUAAAAACUUGGUUUCGGAAUAGAAGAAUGAAACAUAAAAAAAUGUUAAGCUUAGGUCCUAAUCGUGCCUUCCAGGCGAUAUCAAAUAACAUUAAAGAAGACGAUAGCAUUGAAGUAAAAACGGAGGCAACAGGAAAUGACAGUUGAUGAUCAUGCUGAAGCUUAUAUCUUAAGGGAGAUUCAAAAUAGCACAAAAGAUGAAGCAUUUUCCCAAGAUGCCAAUUAUGUGUCGAGCCGACCAGAAGAAGUUGAGCAUAUUCUUAAUGCUCUUGUAGAUAGGAAAAACUUAGAAAUAGCCUAAAAAAUCAUGAAUAUAUUUCUAAACAGUGACGUAACAAAUAUUUGUUGGACAAAGUACAAUGGUUUUGAAAGCUCUCAAUAGUGGGCAGUAUCAAAUGUAGGUAACCAAGUAUCUAGUUAAAUUUGAAAAUGUUUUAAUCUGCAUUUUAAAAUAAUAGUGUUAAUUAUAUAAGAUUUUAUUUAAGUUUAAGAAUACGUUUUAAAGUAUGUGUACUCAUUGUUUUUGUAAGAAUUUCAAUUUUUAUCCCGUGACUUUGUACUUUAUCUUCAUUUUAAGUAGAUACUUCAUAGUAAUAGAGUUGACUUUCUUCAUGUAAAUGUAUACUAUUUAUUAAUUAUUUUAGAGUUAAUAAAAUUCAGAACAUCCUAUUCCAAUAUUUUAAAACUACAAUUUUGUUCAAACUUUAAUGCAGAGUAUUGCUUUCAAAAAUACAAUCUGUUUAUAAAAAAAAUGAAAGUGAAGGGACGCUGCUUCUAUUUUUAAUCAGCAGUGUCCAGUUAAAACAAAAAUUGUACUACAGACUCUGAUUUCUUGUAAUACUUGAUUUAUAUGAUUAUAUUAUUCAUACAGGAACUCAUUUAAUAGAUCGAUUUUAAAUAACUCUUGAUAGCUGGAACACGAUUUUUAUUUUAUUUUUUAUGAUGGUAACAUUUGGUAGAAAGUCAGAUGCGAAUUACAGAAUAAAACCUGAUAUGUCGCAGCAAUUUUGUAAAUAAUCACCAUGUCUAAAGUUUUUUAAAAAGAAUCUGUUUCAGUGCAUGUUUUAACAUUUACUUAUUUAGUUACAUUUUGUAUCAUUUAUUUUAUCAAAGCAUAUAAUAAGUCAGUUACUACUUCUAUAGUUAUUAUGUUUAGCCUUAGG